GAUAGCAAAAUCACUAUCAUCUGCAAAAUUCGUUGAAGCACAGAGAGUGAGAAAUCGCAACCAUGUCAGGAAGAGGAAAGGGAGGCAAGGGUUUGGGCAAGGGAGGAGCUAAGCGUCACAGGAAGGUUCUGAGGGAUAACAUCCAGGGAAUCACCAAGCCUGCGAUUCGCCGUCUCGCAAGGCGUGGCGGUGUGAAGCGUAUCAGCGGUCUCAUCUAUGAAGAAACUCGCGGUGUUCUCAAGAUCUUCCUCGAGAACGUUAUUCGCGAUGCUGUGACCUACACUGAGCACGCUCGCCGUAAGACUGUGACGGCGAUGGAUGUUGUUUACGCUCUCAAGAGGCAGGGCAGGACCCUCUAUGGUUUCGGUGGUUAGGGAUUUAGUGUUCACUGGUCUUUUAGGUCAUGUAAUUUGAUAUCGAAUCAUAGUUCGUUGAAUUUUAACAAUGUAACACCUAGUUACUUUUCUCAAUUGUUCUAAUUUUCAUGUAAAUCAUGGUUACUCUUUCUCUAUUCGCUGUUUUGAAUAAAAAUUAUCUUAGCAUCAGUA